AUGCUUGCGCGAAAAGCUUUCGGCUGGACGGCACUCUUACUCGCUCUAUGUAUGUGCUGCGUAAGCGUGGAACCGAAGGGCGCACCUGGAAACCAGGCCGCUUUCGGUGCUGCUGCUGCAGCUUCUACCGCCAGCGCUGCAACCGAAGUUGUGCAACGUUUGAAGGACUUGCGUCAAAACUAUGAAACGGGCGUCAUUCCUGUCCGACGAGCAUCUAGCCUGGAGCGUACUGUCUUCGGAUCAAAAGAGCGACCUUUUGGAGUCUUGUUGUUCGUCACGGCGACGGAGCAGGAGUCCAACUGCGGCCUCUGUGCAUACAUGCGCCACAACCUCGAGCUGGUCGCCCGCCUCGUGAAGCGCUCAAACGCCCGGUACGAAGCUAGAGGCCAGCUCCCAGUGUUUACCCUCAUGGUCGACUUGACCUCAAAGAACCGAAACGAGUUCGUGCCCUGGCUUCAGAAACUGAAAAUCCCUCUGUUGCCCUCAGUUCUCUACAUUCCAGCGAAUGCCGACAUCGCUCCUGACGCAGAGUACGCUCGUUUCCGCCCGGGACCUCCUCCGGCUGGCGAUGGGAUGGAUCGCAAGGCUUUCGCCGAAUGGGUUAUGCGGCAAGUGAAUGCCGAUAUGCAACGCCUCGGGAGGCAACCACCGCUGCGCCUUCGUGUCGGUGGACCUGUCUACGUCGUGCCAACCUUGCGACGCCAUUGGCUACUGGUACUCUCUCUGUUCGUCGCUGGACUCUAUUUGGGCUGGCGGUGGCGAUGGUAUCAGCGAACGGGAACAUGGCUCGCUUUUGUGCUGCUUCUUUACGCAUUUGCGCUUGGCGGUGGCCAUGGAUGGAUCAUUCAAGGAACGCCUCUGUUCGUCUGGGAUGGCGAGCGUAUUCGAGUUCGGAGCACAAACCCAUACGCUCGUCGACGGGGGCCUGUUCCUCCGGACGCACUUGCUGCGGAGGGCUUCAUCCACGCCGCUCGGUACAUUCUGACCGCUGCGCUAAUGCUUGCUCUGGAUCGUUUGCCGCGGAAAACACGACGUUCUUGGCAGUACCUGCUGUGUGUAUCGGUUCUCUACGGCCUAUUGGCCUACAGCUGCUACGACUUGCUCCGAACGCCGCUCUUGUAA